AUUGUGCAAAGUACAGUUAUUUGCCACGGGAAGUUAAAGUGUCACAGUCACAGGCAGAGGCAUCAUAUUACUGUAGCUCAACGUGCUAAUUUAAUGAUCUGAAUACUUCGGCCACCUCUGACAUUUUCAGGGUUUCAAUUUGGUUUUAAAACGUGAGCUGUUCCCCCGGGUGACGCGGCUGAGGACCCACCGGACCCACCCUGGUGCCACGGACCGUCCGCGGCUGCCUGAGCGUCGCUGUGCUGCGGAAGAUGCUGUUCACUGAGCGGAAGAUGGCGACUGUUUGGAGGCUGCAGAGGAACCUCCAAAGCUGAUACCGGGAAGGAGAACAGACACACGCAGCGACCCCUGAACAACACGUCCAAAACCACGACAAUAAUGUCCCGCUCCCCUGACAAUGAGGAUGGAUGCUUUGUUGCCAUGGAUACAGAGGACGACGGUGCAGGCCCUGCUGGGUUAACUGAGGAAGCAGAGGCAAAGAUGGGGUCCUCCUGGCGACAAGAAGGGACCAUGGACAGUGGUGCCAAAGGAGGGGAGAGAACGAUGUCGGAGUUGCCAGAGGAAGUUCUUGAAUAUAUUCUGUCAUUCCUCUCACCCUACCAAGAACACAAGACAGCUGCGCUUGUUUGUAAGCAGUGGUAUCGCCUCAUUAAAGGUGUUGCUUAUCAGUGCUAUCAUGGUUUCUUGAGAGCUGUCCAGGAGGGAAAUAUCCAGUGGGAAAGUCGCACAUACCCAUAUCCAGGAACCCCUAUCACACAGCGCUUCUCACACAGUGCAUGUUAUUAUGACUCAAACCAGUCUAUGUAUGUGUUUGGGGGUUGCACUCAAAGUAGCUGCAAUGCUGCCUUCAAUGAUCUAUGGAGACUUGACCUCAACAGCAAGGAGUGGAUCCGUCCUUUAGCCUCAGGCUCUUAUCCGUCUCCUAAAGCUGGGGCGACUCUAGUGAUGCACAAAGAUCUGUUAGUGCUCUUUGGGGGGUGGACUCGCCCCAGCCCAUAUCCAUUGCACCAACCAGAAAGGUUUUUUGAUGAAAUCCACAGCUACUCUCCUUCAAAGAAUUGGUGGAACUGCAUCGUAACAACACAUGGACCUCCACCUAUGGCUGGCCACUCUUCCUCAGUAAUUGGAAACACCAUGGUGGUGUUUGGGGGAUCAUUAGGAGCUCGUCAAAUGAGUAAUGAAGUCUGGGUUCUGGAUCUGGAGCAGUGGUCCUGGUCCAAGCCACCCAUAUCUGGCCCAUUACCACACCCACGAGGAGGCCAAUCACAAAUUGUCAUCGAUGAUCAGACGUUGCUCAUCCUGGGCGGAUGUGGUGGUCCUAAUGCGCUUCUUAAAGAUGCCUGGCUGCUUCACAUGGACACACCACCCUGGAAAUGGCAGCAGCUGCAGGUUGAAAAUGAGGACCAUGGAGCCCCAGAACUUUGGUGUCACCCAGCUUGUAGAGUGGGCCAGUGUGUGGUCGUUUUCUCACAGGCGCCGUCUGGCCGUGCACCGCUCAGCCCAAGUCUCAACUCUCGACCCUCCCCCAUAAGUGCCACACCUGCCCCUCUGGGCCCCGAACCGCCUUCCCUGCGCUCUCAGUCUCCUGUUCGGAGUGGGGCCGCCGGUGUUGUCCUGGGAGCUGUCGAAGAGGCUCCGUGUGUAAAUGGUCGAUGGGGAACCCUGAGACCUCGCCCCUCAGCAAGAGGAUAUGCCAGAGACGGGAGCCCAUCCUCGUCCCAGCAGCCGUCUCCUUUGCAAGGUCCAGACAGCCCUCCUCUUCCUCCACUUCCUCCAUUAUUAAACGGAUCAUCACCUUCACCCGGGACCAGCCCAGCCCAGGCUGCAUCUCCUCCCUCUCGCCCUCACCUGCCUGCCUCCACGGACUAUGAUUGGGAGUCUCCCCCUUCUGCCUCCCACCACCCUGAGGUGCCCAGCACUAAUGGACUGCAUACACCUCCUGCAGGCUGCCCACGCACUCCCCCAGGAGCAGUGUCCCCGGCUGCCUUACGACGAAGUCUGGAGGCAGUAAAAAACAAAUCUUCCUCAUCUUUACCAUCUUCAUCAUCAUCGUCGUCAUCAUCAUCAUCGUCAUCUUCCUUUCAGACACAGGGAGCCUCUACCGGAGGAGGAAGUGGUGGAGGAGCUGGAGGAGCAGGUCCUCCUGGAACUCCUCCCUCAUCAUCCUCCAGCCCUCCACAGGCCGCUGGAGCUGAUGGACAUGCUAUCCCACCUAUUGCACGGCGUCUUGGUCAUCACCCUCCUCAGAGCCUGAACGUAGGAAAACCUUUGUACCAGUCUCUCAACUGCAAGCCCAUGCAGAUGUAUGUUCUGGAUGUAUCCCGGGCCAAAUCUGCCAGGGUGGUGUCUUGGAGAGUUUAUGGGAACGGGACUCCUGCAGCAGUCACAGGGCCACCAGAGACCAGCCUCCACACAGUGGUGCAGGGCAGGGGAGAGCUCAUCAUUUUUGGGGGUCUCAUGGACAAAAAACAGAAUGUGAAGUACUACCCUAAAACCAACGCCUUGUACUUUGUACGUGCUAAAAGGUAAUGCAGCUCCAGACGGGGCUGGGAAGACGGACACUUCCACCUGUGACCACACAAGGAACGAAGACACACAGCCUUUUUCCUAUAGAGAGGAUUAUUGGAAAAGAACAUUGUUAGAUGUUCCACUUCAGAAGUUCACGACCCUCCCUUCUGCCUACUGCAAGCAUUCAAAAUAAAACACUUUAACUACACUUUGAUAAAGCAUACGGUUAAAUGAGAAUCCUGACUGUGUGUGUGCUUGUUUGACAGCGAGUGUGUGUGUGUAUUUGUGAGUGCCAGGACAUUUUUUGUUGUCCCAGUGAUCAACCAAACAAAGUUUCUUUUUUUUUUUCUGUGUCACCCUUCUCUGAACUCUUAACAGAGAGGAGCUCUGGAAGAACUGACAGAAAUGGUUGACGACUACCUUGAUUUUUGUAUCACUCUUUAAGCCUGCUAUGUUUACAUUGAAAACCGUGUGCGUGUGUUUGUGUGUGUGUGUGUGCGCGUGUGCCUGUGUGUGCGUGCGUGCACAAUAGUGGUUAAAAGUUUUUGACUAAUGUGUGUCGGGAUCUUGGUGUGAGAGAUAUGGCACUGUACUAAAAAGAUAGUUGAACAAUAAAGGCCUCCAUGUCUAA